AUGAAUACAAUGUUUUAGGUUUUGAAUGCUUCACGCAUAUCCUUAUCUGGUUCUAAGCUUAAUAUUCUAUCAAAAGAUAAAUCAAAUACAUCUAUCUUAAUUUUUGAUUCUGAUUACCUUGUGUUUAGGGAGUACAUCAUGACAAAUAAGAAUAUUUCGACUGCAGUCUGCGAUCCAAAUAUAUAGAUUUUGCUUAUAUUUGAAGAAUUGGAAUAGGAAUAAUUGACUUAGCUUUAUUCAGGCGAUCUAGAAAAAUCAUUUACUCCAAUUUCAAAAACAAUUAUUCCAGCUACUAAAUUAAGAACUAUAGAUUGGUGUAAUAGUAGAAUUUGUGCAUUAAUUUUUGAAAAUUGUAUUGUCUUAUAUGAUAUUUUGUUAAAAAAAAUUUUAACAAAAAUAAAAUCGGAUUAUAAUAAUAUAUCCAGAUUUUUAAUCUCUAAAAGGUUUACUCAACUAUUUUUUUAAUAUUAAGAUGGAGAGAAUAAAUCGAUUUGUUUGGUAUUAACAAUAGAGAAUUAAAAUGAAGUCUAGAAGUUUGAGAAUUGUGCUUCCUGUAAAUUAAUUGAAGAACAAGAUGAUAAUAAUUUGUUGAUGGUCCAAUAUCAAUCUAAUAAAUUAGCAAUAAUGCUAGCAAAAUUUGAUGAAGGAUUUAGAAUAGAGAGAAAAAUUGAGUGCGGGCAUAUUUAUCCUCAUUAAAAUAUUAUGAAAGUUGCAUAUAGAAAGUAAAUGCAAGAAUUGCUUUUACUUGAUUCAAGCUAAAAUUUACAUAUUUAUACAAUUAAUGCAGAUUUUUAGAUAAAUUAAAAAGUUCAAACUAUUCGAAAUAUCAUUUAAUUUAAUGUUUCACUUCUAAAAGAAAACUUAAUACUUAUUGACGAUAAAAAUCAAUUAAUUCUAUAAAAAUUGGCAUCAGAGACCCAAAUAGAGUGUUAAAUUUAUUAAACAUAAACGUUAUCCUUAGCAUCUUAGGUUAAAAAGAGAGCUAUUUAGGGUAUUUUAACAGAUCCAAAUAUUGUUUAAUAAACUGACCUAUUUGUUCAGUAAUAUCGUUAAGAUUUUGAACACUUGAACCCAAAAUUUAAAAGUAUAUUAAAUAUAAAUUUUAAAUCUCGGUUAUUACCUCUAGUAGAUUUUAGAAUUUUAAAUCUUGAUUUGCAUGAUAAUUUUAAAUUUAAAGAGUUGAUACCAAAGAUGGAUACUUAUGCUGAAACUCAAAGUGUGAAGAAACAUUUAAAUUAAUUGGAGGCUGCUCUCAAAGGAGAUAAUCCGAUCUUAUGCGAAGGUGGUGCUGCUUGUGGUAAGACCUCAAUAAUACAGUAUUUGGCUUAUAAAAAUCGAUAACCAUUAAUAAUAAUGAAUCUUAGUUCAUUUUCUUAAAUCUCUGAUUUAAUUGGAAAAGUUGAAAUUUUACCAGGUUUUAAAUUUGAAUAUUAACUUGGUCCUUUUGCUAAAGCUGUAUAAGAGGGAUUGUGGAUACUUUUGGAUGAAGCUAACUUGGCAAGUGAUUCAAUACUUAGGGUUAUUGAAGAUGUUCUUGAGCUUGGAUACAUCACUAUCUAUGGCUGCUAAAUCAAUUCUCAUGUUGAUUUAGUUGAUGGAACCUUAACUAUAAAGAAACAUUAAAAUUUCAAACUCUUUUUAACUCAAAAUCCAGCAACCGAUUAAAAGUUUGCUUCCUCAAGAAAUAUCUUUUCCCCAUCUUUGAUGAGCUAAUUUAUUACUAUUAAAUUUGAGCCAAUCAGCUCAAAUGAUCUACAUUUCAUUAUUGACUAGAUCAUAGGCUAGAAAUAGCAAGAAUUAAAAGAAUAACUAAAGCAACAUAUACCUAACUAAUAAUUAUCCUAAUUGUUAAUGAUAAUUUAUGAAGAAAUAAAAUAGAAAAAUAUGGAUGAUGGUCUAUUCACCUUAAGAGAUAUUGUUUAGAUUAUUGAUCUUUUCUUUUUAUGCAUUGAAUAAAUAAAGGAGAAAGUUUUAGAAAUAUUAAGUUUUAAAGAUUGUAUGAAAUUAAUCUCAACAUAGUUUAUCCCUUUACAUAAAAAUCGUGAACUAAUUAAUUAUUAAAUUGAUUAAAAUAAAGUUAUCUCUAACGCAAAUAAAUUAUUCUUUUCAACUAAAAAUUAGAGAGAGUCAGAAAUAUAGAAUUGGAACAGUAAUUAGCCACUUAAAUUUCUCUCAUUCCAUAAAUAUUUGUUUCAAAUGUUAACAUUGUGUUAUAAAACAAAAAGAGCAGCUCUAAUUGUAGGACAAUAAUAUUGUGGAAAAUUAUCAAGUGUUCUCCUUUGGCUUAAAUUUUUGAAUAUUUCAAAAUAUGAAGUAUUAGAAUUAUCAUCAAAUACCACUACUGAAGAUUUAUUUGGUAAGUAUCAACCAACCUAGAAUGGUUUUGAUUUUAUUUUAGGCCCUGUAACCAGAUGUUUCAAUCAAGGAGCAGUAUUAAUCCUUACCAAUUUUGAAGCUCCAGAUUGUGCCUUGAUAGAAUCACUAAAUGGAAUAUUGGAAAGGAAAUUUAACUAACUGAUUGUAUAAAAUGAAAAAUUCUAAAAACAUGAAAAUUUUGCAAUCAUCGCUUUAUCAUCUGAUUUCGAGCUAUUAGAAAAAAAAAUGACCCCAUCAUUGAAAAGCAGAUUCUUAAGUUUGUAUAUACAAUUUAGAGUGAAUUUUAAUGAUAUCACGUUAUUGUUAUAAUCAAUAGGACUAACAACAAGGAAUUUGUAUUUUCCUAAAAUUAUUGAUUAGCUGAUGGCAUUAGGUAAUUGCAAGGAUUCAUUAAAUUUAGCAAAAAAAAUUAAUCUAAUAUCAUUUAAUAAGAUAAUUAGAUUUUUAAAACCUAUUUAAGAAAUAUAGAAGUUUGCUAAAUCUUAAUUAAAUUAAGCUUUAUCAUAAAAAAUUUUUGAGUGUAUAAAUUUCUUCUUAGCCUUAUGCCUGCAAGAUAAUAAAUCCCUUUUGAAUGAAAAUAUAAAAAUACCCAUAAAUUAUCAAGAGCUAUUAUUAAAUGAUGGUAGAUAAAAUAAUUAUGUCAUUACUGAAUCAAGAAAAAGGGUUGCAGACAUUAUUGCAACAGCUAUUAUUGCUAAAAUACCAAUAGUUUUACAAGGAUCAGCAGGUGUCGGAAAAACAAAACUUAUUUCUACAUUCUAAUAAACAUGCAAAUUAUUUGAAUCAACUAGUUUCCAUUAUAUUAAUAUGAAUUAAAAUACAGAUAUAAAUGAUUUAAUGGGAUAAUUUGUAUCUACAGGCUCGAAGGAUAAGAUAGAAUUUAAACUUAAAAAAGGUCCAUUAUUUUUAGGGAUGGAGUAAGGUGGCAUUGUUCUUAUAGAUGAAGCUAAUUUAGCAGAUGCUAGCCUACUCAACUUUUUAGCUAAUGUAGUCAAGUAUCCAUCAGAAUUUCAUGAUCCUGUUUCGGAUCAAAUAAUAAAGGUUCAUGAAAAAUUUAGAAUCUUCUUUGCAUAAAACCCUCCAUCUUAUAAUGGCAGAAAUUUGCUCCCUGACACGUUGGCUUCUAAAGUUAUAGUAGUUAAUGUUCCAAAUUACACUUUGGAAGAAGUACUUUAAAUUUGCACUGAAUCUUAGCCUAGUAUACAAAACGAAAAUUAGAUUUUCAUCAAAAAUGGUAUGGAAUAUUUUCUAACUAAAUUAAUUCAAUAUCCUAAAGAUGGUAAUGAAAGAUGUUUGAAUAUUAAUGGUACAUAAUUUACUUUAAGGUAGUUCAUUAGAUUUAGAAAUCGAUUAACCAGAACAUGUUUCUCUACAAACGAGCCUAAUUGGGAAAAUAUUUUACAAUUACAUUAAAUGAUACUUUUUCCCAAAAACGCUGAUGAAGAAUAUAACUUGGAAUGUUAAAUCAAUAAAAUUGGAUACAAUUUAUUUUUUUCGAUAAUAAAUCAAUAAGCUUAAUUACAAAUAUCUUUUAAACUUAAUAAAAAAUAUUUCAACAAAUUUCAGACUUUUGUUGAAAAUCUAAACUCAAUUUAAAGAUUAGCAUUAUGCAAAAUAGCAUUUUGCUAUUAUUUUAAAGAAAAUAUUUUAAUUUCAGGAGAAACCUCUUCAAAAACAUACUUGUCCAAACUGUUUUCAGAAUUAGUGGAAUUUUAGAAUCAAAAUCCAUUUGAAUUAAUUUAUAUAAACUCUGAAACCAAUAUUACAGAUUUGUUUGGAAGCAUGGAGUCUCAUACUAAAAGCUCCUAUUAUCAAUAUUGUUUAAGUUUGAUAAGAAGAUUCAAUUAGGAUAUGAAUUAAGAUGAAAAGAAAACUAUUGAAGAUUGUUUAUAAAAAUUAAAAUAAAGCUAAAAUUCACCAGAGUUCUUCGAUCAAACUAUUAAAAAUAUUGGUAAUUAAUUUCCUUUUAUUGAAAGAGGAUUGACAUUUAAUGCUAGGUUUGGUGGAGUUGUAUGUCUAAAAAAUAUAUCUUUGGCAGAAUAAUCUGUUAUUGAAGGAUUAAAUGCUUUAUUGGAGAUUGAACCACAUUUUAUUGUAAAUGGUUAAGAAAUUAAAUUACAUAAAGAAUUUAUUGUGAUAGCAACUAUAAAUACUACAUUUGGAGGUUAAUUAAGCGAUGCAUUAGAGUCCCGUUUAACAAAAAUUCGAAUUCAAGUUCCAGAGUUUCUGAAUCCUUCUUAAAAAAUAGAUGUCUCUUAUGAAAAGUAUAUCAUGAAUAAAAUUCCAGAUAAAACUCAAUACAUUCAAAUCAUUUUGUUUAUAGAGAAAGUUCUUAUUAGUACAAAAGAAUAUAAAGAGCUUUUCUAUUAAAAUAUAUCUAAUCGAAAAUUCUAUUAAUGGAUGAGUUUUUUGAAUUUGGAUUUGGAGGCAACAUAUUAAUAAAAAUUGGCCUUAGGAUUUUAAUUUGUGGUUUUGGAUAAUUAUAAAGUAAAUUUUGAAGAAGUGAUUAAAAAUCCUGAACUUUAGGAACACUAUUAAUAGGUUUAAAAUAAAAUUUAACUUAAAUUAAAAGAACAAUAGUUUUUCAAUUCUCAAAAAAUCAUUAUGAACCCUAUUACCAAUAAAAUAAUAUAAAGAAUAUAUUCAGCUUUUUCUACUAAAUAUAUACCUUGCCUGAUUGGGCCACCUGGAGUUGGAAAAUCUGCAAUUGCUUAGGAAAUUGCUAAUAUAAUUAAAAAAAAAUUCUGCAGAAUUUGUUGCUCAGAUUCUUUGAGUGUAGAAGAUCUAUUUGGAUCUUACGCACCAAAGAUUGAAAAUAAUAAAGUAGUAUUCGUUUUUCAAUAAGGUUAUUUGGCAUAAGCAAUAUCUUAAAACAGCCUUAUUCUAUUUGAUGAAAUUAAUCUAGCAUCUCCUGAAAUAUUAAGCACUCUUUAAGCUUUAUUUAACACAGAUGAGAAAGAAAUUUCAAUAAAAGAUAGUACAUUCAUUAAAGAAAAAUGCGUAUUUUUAUGCUCAAUGAAUCCUUCUACAUAUUAAGGAAGAUAAGAAUUACCUUAAUGCAUAUCAAAUCUAUUAUGUGAAGUGUACAUUGAAGCAUUCAAUAUUGAUCAAGUAAUUGAAAUAUUUAAAUUGAAAUAUUAAAAGGAAAUCAUAUAAUUGUAAAAGGCUGGAAUUAAUUUUACUAUAAUUUUAGAUUUACAUAAAGAGCUUGCUUUGUUAGACUAACAAUAAUAAAAAUCUAAAUAUGCCUUUAAUAUAAGAUUUUUGGAAAAUCUUCUGUCUCUUUUCAGCUAAAAUUUUUUGAAACAAAGAUAAAAAUUAAAUAAUGAAAAUCUUUAAUUAGAAUUAAUAAUUGUUUGUUUAGAUAUUAUUUAUGUGUAACACUUUUAUUAGACAGAAUUUUCACAAUAAGUACUAAAAAUAAUAUUGGAUAAAUUCGGUUUAAGUUAAGAUUAAUGGAAAAAACGAAGAGUAUUCUUAGAACAACAGGCCAAUGUAAUUAGAAUAAGUAGAUAAAUCGAAAAGGAGUUUGUACCCAUAUUUAAUUGGGUUUUAUCAAAUUAGAUCAUUCCUUAACUUUCCAAUAAUUCUUUCGUUAUUAACAUACAAAACUCUAUUAUUUUAGAGAAACUCUUUAUUGCAAUAAAUUCUAAAAAAGUAAUAUUAUGUUAAGGGGAUUCUUCAUCCGGAAAAACCUCAUGCAUUAUCAAAAUGGCAAAUCUUUUGAACUAAAGAUUUAUUUUGUUGCCAAUUCAUAGCGAUUUAGAAACUAAUGAUUUACUUGGUAGUUUUGCUUAAGUGAACCCAAAUCAUGAUGAAAUUUAACAAGAAUUAGAGAGGUUAUCAAAAAAAUUAAUAUAUCAAAAAAGAAGAUUAAUUGGAUAAAACUAAAACGGAAUGCAAAUGAAAUAUGUUGAAGGAGUUUUAAAAAUUUGUUGUAAAUUUGGUUAUUGGUUAAUUUUGGAUAAUAUAAACCUAGCAAGAGCUGAAAUAGUGGAAAGGUUAAAUUCUUUAGGAGAAGAUUAGCCUCGUUUCUUUAAUAAUGAAUUUGGUGACUCAAACACUUACAUAAUUCCACAUGAAAAUUUUCGAUUAAUAUGUUUGUAAAAUCCCACAAGAGUGGAUUAAAAUUAAUUGUCUCCUCCCUUUUAUAGUAGAUGUAUUAAAAUCAAUUUUGAAAUUGAUCUAAAACAUAAUUCAAACGAUAUUAUUGAGAUUUUAACCAUAAAAGGUUUAGGGUAAUAAUCAAUUUAACAAGAUAAUGUUAUUUUAGCAAAUAAUUUAUUGAAGUAAGUCAUAUUUAUCAAAGAACAUACAAAUGCUAUAAUUAAUUUAAGAAAUAUAAUAAAAGCCUUCAAAAUGAUACAAGAAAAUGGAUUUUAAUAGUAUGAUUAAAUAAUGGAAAUUGUUUUUGGCUCAGAAUUUAAAGAAUCCAAAAAAAAUCCAUAUUUUCCUAUCUUUGAUUUACAGUCUCAUAAUGUUCCAGAUACUAUUAUUGAUAAUUACACUGAUUCAAGAUUAAAUAAAUUAGUCUCAAGCACUUUGAAAACUAUUGAUAUACCUAAAAAAUUUCUAGAUUUAAGAAAUAUUAGUUAAUUUUUAAAAGCAAACUUGUCAUAAAAAGAAAUUUAGGUUAAUUAAAGGUUCAUUGAAGGUCUAGGUCAAUAAAUUUUUCUAGUUAACUUUUUAGAGGGGAAUUAAUAUGAUUUAGGAUGUUAUGAAUUUCAAGUUUAAGGAGAAUUAAUUAAGUAGUUUGGUUAACAAUCUAUAAAAAUAUAUCCUACAUUUUUGUCCUUAUUUAUAAAAAGUUAAGAAUUGAAGAAUUUGUUAGUCAAAUCUAAAUUUUUAUUUUAGAAAUAAUCUAUUUUAGCUGAGGCAAGAUUAUCGGAAGGUCAAAUGCUAGUAUCGAUUUAAUAACCGAAUGAUUUAUUUUUGGUUCCAUUGAUUAAUUCUCUUAUUGGACCAUCCUAAUAAUAGUUUUUUAAGAUUUUUAAGCAUAUGCUCUCCAAAUCUGAGAUUGAAUGCUCAAUGUAGCUAGAUUAAUAUAUAGAAAUUUUCUUCAAUUUUAAAUUACUUGAUUAUUCAUUAUCGUAUAUUCCCAAUCUUAAAUUUAAGAAUAUAUCUGGGCAAAUUUCUUUUAAUAAAGAAAAUAUUGUAACACAAUUUUCACUGAGUUUUGAUUUAUAACUUGAAUUAAAUUAGUAUUUUAUUAAGAAAGAGCUCUUUAGCAGAGUAGAUAAUUUAAGUUCAUUUAGAGGAGAGAUUAUUAUUCCCCCUGAAAAUUAAAUUAAUAUUUUUUAAGAUUAUGGUUGCUUCAAUUUAUUCUCAAAUAUCAAUAUAGUUUAAUCUCCCAAAUUUGCCUCAUAUUUAGAUCUUAAAGAAAGAAAAUUAGAAAUAAAUUUAGAAUGUGAAAAUUCUAUUUAAAUAUAUAAGUUGCCAUUUUAUAUUAGAAUAAAUAGAAUUUUAGCAUAUUUAUUAUUAAAGGAAAAAAUUACUCUAAAUGGAAAUAUUCAAUGUACAUUUCAGAUAUUUGAAAAGGAUUUUUGUAGUUUAACGGCACGAAUUGAAAAAUAAAAAUUAAAAUUAUAGUUAUCUUAAGAGUAGCAUUAAAUUAAUUGUUAAAAUUUCAUUAAAUAAUUUUUAUUAAAUUAUUUUGAUAGCAAUAAUUAUUUUCUUUAACUAUUUGUGGAGAAUUAAAAGACAAUUAUAAAGAAAUUGGAUUUGAUCACUAAUGCACUCUACUGGAAUUGUGAAUUUAAUUUUUCAAUAGAUUGGAAAAUGAAUAUUUUUCAAAAUAUUCAUUUAGAAGUGAAAAAUAUGGAUAUCUAUUGUCAUAUUGAUCCUUAGACAAUGAACUUUACUAUUUGUUUCACUAUUGAAAUUCUUAAAUUUAUUUUUGAAUUUUAAGUGGUUUUUGACUUUUUAUCUUUGUUUUCCAAAUAAAAAAAAAAGUAAAUGAAGAUGAUUUUAAAAACAGGAAAAAAUUCUCCUUAUCUAAAAGAUAUCAUAGAGGUAUUUUCAAUUGAAUUGAAAAACUAAUUAUAAACUAUUUCUGGAUUUAAUCAAUAAUAAACUAAAUAAUUUAAGAGGAAGGAAGAUUUUCCAUAAUUAUUCAAUGUUGAUAACUUUAGAAAAUUAGGAGAACAACUUUCAUAACAAUUUGAAAAAGAAGUUCAAGAAUUCCAAACUUCAAAUGAGCUUGGAUCUAAAUUAAGAUUUGAAGAAUUUUAAUCCAAUUUGAAUGAAAAACUUGAAAAAGAGAUAAAUUUAAAUUAUGAAGAAAAUAACAAUUAGAAAUUUAUUUUAUCUCAAGAAUCUUUUAUAAUAUGGGAUGAUUAAAUCGAAUUGAAAUUUAGCGUCGAUCUAUUAAACCAAUGGAAUGUAUCCAAAUACUUAACCCUUUGUCAAUGUGUUUUAAAUGUUAAAGCAAAAAAUUAAAGUUUUGAGUUGAAUUUAAAUGGCUUUAUCAAAGUUAUGAAUAUGACUCUAAAUAAGUUUUAGUUGUUACUAACUCCUAACAGUUCACUUGAUUUAAAAAUCGAAAAUUAACCCUUAAUAAUGUAGAUCAAUCCAAUUAGUUUCGGUUUUGGCUUGCUUGAUUCUAAUUUUGAAGAUUUAGAUAUUUUUCCUAAAUUAGAUUAAAUUGUUAGAUUUUAAUACAAUAUGUUAUCUCAAAAGUUUAAUGGAGAGUUUAAUGUUGUGAAACAAAAUAGUAAACAGAAUUUUUCUGAUUUAUAAUUUGAGAAUGUAAAAUUAGUAUUUGGUUCAUCUGAUAAUUUAAGGAAUAUCUUCGCAACUUUGGAAAUAAAAGUAAUUUUCUUUAAGCAAUAAAUUAAUUUUUAUUUAUAAUUUUAACCCCAAUAAAUUAAUAAACCUAAAAGUUUAAUUAAAUAAUUAAAAUUUACUUCCAAUUCAUUAAAGAAUUUUAGUUUCAAUGAAUUCUUAGAGAAUAGUGUUGGAAUAACUCUUUCAUAAAAGAAAUUACAGUUUGAUGUUGAAAAUUUUGAGUUUUUGUUUAAAUUAGAGAAGAAUUUAUCUUGGAAAUAUUCUAUAAUAUUAUAGAUAUAAGAUAGUUAAUGUCAAAUUUUAGAGAAUUUUGUAAGACUUCAAAAUUUAAAUGGUUCGAUUCUGUAUAAAAAUUAAAGUUGGGUGGAUAGUUGUAUAUCAGGGAUAUGCUUUGUUCGUGAUUUUAACUUAGGAUCUUUUAAUCUAAUUUUUAACAAGGAAGUAAAAGGAUUUGAAGCUAAAUUUUAAUUAAACCCUAAAUUUGAGUCGAAAGAGUUUUUCUUAACUAUUUAUAAUAAAUAAUUGAAUUUUAUUUUUUUUGAAAAUAUAAAACAUGAUGAAAUAAAAGUUAACUUGGGUAUUUAUAACAAUAAAACCAUUUUCGAGCUUAAAUAAUAAGUUAAAAUAUUUUCAUGGAAUAAUAUCUCAGCUUUAAAGUUGAAAAAUAUUGUCUUCAUGUUUUUUGUAAGUGAAGAGAUUUAAAUAGAAAAAAAUUCAAAUUUAUCAUUUGAAUUAGAAAUUUUGGAUGACAUUAAUUUGAGAAAUAAAAUAACUAUAGAUCCUUUGCAAUUAACUGAAGAGUAAGAGUUUAUUUUUGAAUUUCAAAAUGUAAAUGCCAAUAAUUUAAUACAAAAGUUAAAUCAUAAUUUCUAAUUAAGUAUCUCUGAAUACGAAUUUUUUAAUAAGAUAUUUUUAAAUAUCACCUGUAAAAUAAUAGUAGAUUAGAAUUUUAAUUUCAAAAUGUUUUAGAUUGAUUCUUAAAAACAGAUCAAUUCUGAAUGGUAUAUACUUAAAAUUUAAGAUUUUAAUUUGAAGAUAAUUUAAGCAAAAAAUUUACAAGAAAUAACUUUAACUUGUCAUUUAAAUAUUUUUGAAAUUCCAAUUAUACUUUAAUAUGAUCAGGAUUCACAAAGUUGUAAAUUUACCUAAUUAAACAAAUAAAUGAAAGCCUCAUAAUUACUUCCCUUUAUUUCACAAAAAGAUCAAUAUGAUAGAAUCUAACUAUAUUAAUAAGACUUUCCAAUAAUAAACCAGGAAUUAUAAAUCAAUGAUAUGGAAAUCAAAUAAUAAAAUACAAUCUUAAAACUUAUUGGAUAAUAUCACAACUUCAAUCUUUAUUUAAGUUUGAGUACAUUUUCAUUGAUUUUACAAUAAUAAUUUGAAAAAGAUAAAAAAGAAUUUAAAGAUAUUAUUCAAAAUUUAUCUGAACUAGAUUAUAUUUUUUAAUUAGAAAAAGCAGAUUGUUUAAUAAUAUAUUCAACCGAUAAAGAUUUGCCUUUUAUCAAUGAUCUGGAUAUGAGUAUAUGCUAUUAAAAUUAUUUGAAUUUGUAAUAAUUAGGAAAAUUAAAAAGAAUUGGAUUUAGUUGCUUUGUAUAGUGCUAUGCUGAAUUUAAACAAAAACUCUAAGAGAUACUUUUUUUUAUUCCAAAAAAUAUAGAACUUGAAAUUUCUUAUUAAUAUGAAACUUAUUUUCUUAUUGAAAGCAAAAAACUAUAUUUUUAAAAGGAAAAUUUUGAAAGUGCUUAUAAGUUUAGAAAAUUAUCAACUGAAAUUGAUUCUUAAAUUGAAUUAUAAUUAACAUAUUCUUAUCAAAAUUUUGGAAAUUUGAUAUAUAAUGGGAAUAUUUGUUUUAGGAAUAGUUCAGCAUCAGGAAAAUUGGAAAUUGCAUUCAAAAAUGCUUUUGGAUUAGAGUGGCUGAAUUUUUUUGGGACCUAUCAUUUAUAAAUUGAUUAAAAUAAUAUUUAAUCAAUUGCAAAUUUAAAUGCUAAAAUAUAUAAUGGUUUUGCAGACCUUAUUGUAUUAUAUUACAAUUAUUUUAUACCAAUGACAUGGGCCUUUGAUUUUGUUAAUAUAAAAGUAAAAAAAGCGCUUGAAUUUUUCCAUUUAUGUAAAAUUUUCCCAAAAGAAUUUUUAAAAAUCUUUCCUAACACUCAACAAGUUAUUGUUAUAAAUGGAUAGCUCAAUUUAGAUGGCGAAAAAUGUAAUUUUCCCAAAGAAUUUAUUAAUAAGUUUGGCAAUUCAAAAUUGUUCAGCCUUUUGAAAAGAUUUAAUAAACUAGAUUUUCACAAUUUUUAAAUUUAAUUUAAUACACAUCAGAUUUUGUAGACAGAGUAGUGUCCAAUUGUUAUAAUGAUAGAUGCUCGAGAACAAGAAGAUCGUUUAUAGACUUGUUGUUUAUUAUAUUAUAAUGGGAAUGACUAUAUUGGCAAAGGAGAAGUUAAAAUUGAUAUUCCUAAUUUUUUCCUUAAUAUUAUGUUUGAAAUUUUAUAAAUGCAUAAAGCAUUUGUUGCCUUUGGAGAUUUUGAAAUCAUAUUAUUUUAAAAGCAAUUGAAAACUUCAGCAAAUUAUAUAAAAGGGGAAGGUUUUGUUUUAAACUUUGAUAUAUGUUUCGAGAAUAUGAUUUUUAUAACAAGUUUUAAUAUUUAAUUAAUGAAAAAAUAAAGAUUAAGAGGAAUAAUGUAAUUUGAUUUAAAUAAACUGGAAGAAAUGAUAAGUGAAUAAAUUUUUAAGAAUUUUUUUUAAGUUAGAAAAUUUGAAAUUUAAAUAAACUUAGUUAACAAUUUAGAAGUUGUAUUUGAAUAUCAAAUCUAAUUUUUUGAAUUAAAACAAUUUAGUGAUAUUAAGAAAAUAUCUUGGAAUCUAAGUGAGAUAUAAGAAAACUUUAAAUUAACAAUCCAAAAAAUAUAAGGAUUAUUAAAAAUUUUAAAUCAAGAAUAAUUUAUUAAUAGUGGUUAAGAUCUUAAAAUCGAAAUUUAUAAAAAGAGGUGGGAAGUAUAAAAUUAUUAUAAAAACGUAUUUAAUGUAGACAUUCGGUAAGAAAUUGAAUAGAUUACUAGAGAAGUUGAAUAAAAUACAAGAAAAGAUGACAUUGAAUACAAUCUUAAAGGAGAAAACCUAAUUAAUUAAGAAGUUAAAAACGAAACCUAAUUAUAUCAACCAAAUAUAGAAUAUAAUAUAAAUAAUUAACAUGAAUAAACAAUUUCAAAUAAUUAGAAUAAUUAAAAUGAUUAAUCAUGUUAAAAUAAUUUUUAAAAUAAAGAUAUUUAAGCCGGGCAAAAAUAUUAAAAAACAAUAUAAGCUAAUUAAAAUAAUAAUAAUAGAGAAAUAAUAAGAAAAUAACCAUUGAAAAAUAAUGAAUAAGAAUAAAUUUCAAAUACCAAAAAUAAUGACUCAUAAUAAAAAGUAUAACAAAAAUAAAAUAAUUUUAAUUUCCAAUAAGUAAUAAAUAACACAAAUAAUAGUUAAAUGAAAAGUGA